AUGAAUUAGGAGGAGGUAUUUUUUAAAAAAUAAUGGUUUAUUCUUUCCCAUCAAGGUAAAAUAGAGCAGUUUUAUGAUAUCAAUUUAAAAAAAGUAAUUGGUUCAGGCACGUAUGGAAGUGUUGUAAAAGCUACAUUGAAGGGUACAAAAAAUCAGAGGGCAGUAAAGGUAAUCCCAAAGAGCAAAGUGAAGAAUCCGGAUAGAUUCAAAAAAGAAAUAGAUAUAUUGAGAUAGCUUGAUCAUCCAAAUAUUAUUAAAUUAUAUGAAACUUUCGAAGAUUAAAGAAAUGUUUAUCUUGUAAUGGAGUACAACAAUUUUAUAUCUAUUAGAUUAUGUGAAGGAGGAGAAUUAUUCGAUAGAAUUAUGGAUAAAGGAUGCUUCAGUGAGUAUGAAGCAUACGAAAUAUUUUUAUAAAUUAUGCAAGCUUUGAAUUAUUGUCAUUCUAAUAGCAUUUGCCAUAGAGAUUUAAAACCUGAAAACUUCUUAUUUUUAACUAAGGCUGAUGACUCACCGAUCAAAGUUAUAGAUUUCGGAUUGAGUACCCUUUUUGAAGAUCCUGUCACUUCAAAGCAAACUGGCUAAAAACUGACAAUGAAAACUAAAGCUGGAACACCUUAUUACAUAUCCCCAGAAGUUUUAAAAGGAAGUUAUGAUGAAUUGUGUGACAUUUGGAGUGCAGGUGUCAUCCUUUAUAUCUUAUUAUCUGGAGUCCCACCUUUCUAUGGAGACUCAGAUCCUGAGAUUUUGGAUGCAGUACAAAAAGGAGAGUAUACAACUGAUAUUCCAGAACUCAAAGCUGUAAGUGAAUCAGCCAAAGAUCUUAUUCGUCAUAUGAUUACCCAACCUAGUAUGAGGUACAAGGCCUCAUAGGUUCUCAAACACAAAUGGAUGAUAGAGUCAAAUAAACCGACAAAAUGUUAUAAAUUUAUACUAUUAUCUUUAGAAUUAAAACUAAACUUUGCUCAAUUAAAGAAUUUUAAUGGAAGCAAUAAAUUGAAAAAAGUUGCUUUGACUUUUAUUGCAUCUCAAUUAAACGAAUAAGAAAUCACUGAUUUGGGCAAAUUAUUUAAACAAUUGGAUAAGAAUGGAGAUGGUGUGCUGACUAUUGAUGAACUGAGAGAAGGAUUAACUGGAGUAACUGAUUCAUAGUAGAAGGAUUUGGCAAAUAUUAUUAGGAGUAUUGAUACUGAUGGAAAUGGAACUAUCAAUUAUACUGAAUUUUUGGCUGCCACGAUGGAAAAAUCUUUAUAUAUGAAGGAAGAAAAAUUAUACCAAGCGUUUAAGAUGUUAGAUUUAGAUGGAAGUGGCAAAAUUGAUAAGUAAGAGCUCUAAACAGUUUUGGGAAAGAGUGAGAAAGUCAUAGAUGAAAAAUAUUGGGAUGACAUGAUUAGGGAAGCUGACAAAAAUGGUGACGGAGAAAUUGAUUAUAGUGAAUUUAUUGAAAUGAUGGAUAAGUUUAGUUUGAUUAGUUGA